GUACAUAUAACGGCUGACUUACCUAAACAGAAUUUAGUUUCACAUUUAUACCGAUUGCAGUUAUUUUUUUUCAUAAGGUGUAAAUUGAGCAAAUAAAAUAGACGAUGAAAGGAUUAUACAGCGUGAUUGCCAUUGUCUUCUUGGCAUAUUGGACUGCAACCACUGCAACUUCUACAGAGAAGAAACGCGACAAAUUUCCUAGAAAAUGUAAAUGGAACACGAACGAAACGAUUCAUCUCGCGCAUGAAACCGAUUGCGGAUCGUUCUAUAAGUGCUAUCCUCCUGACGGAAUGCGCCGGAUCCCGUGUCCCUUAGACCAGCUGGGCCGACCGCUGCACUUCAACAUGUUCUUGCAAGUCUGCGAUUGGCAACCCGACGCGGGUUGCCUUUAUUGUCCCUCUAAUGGCUAUCCGCUUAAGUUGCCUCGUGGGGACAGUUGCAGAAAGUACUACAAGUGCGUGAAUGGUAAAAAAAAGCCUUACAAGUGUCGUCCCGGCAAGUGUUUCAGUCGCACGUGUCAAGCUUGCGUUAAAAACAGACGGGGUGGAAAAUGCAAGAAAUAAGGGACAUUAUGAGAAAACAAACCGUUUCCCAACUAUUUUCAAUGGCGUAAACGACGGAAAAAAUACGAUUGUGCUAAUUAAGAAUUACAUAUAAAUAAUCGAGAUGUUGAAUGUAUAAUAAUAAAAUGCCAUAUGUGUGAUUAAAUCAUA